CGGGAAAGCCAUCACUUUGCUGACGUAUUAUCUACUACUGGACAUCUUCUACAAAAUCCAAACUGGACCCGAGUCUAACAGAUAUGUUCUAGGACAAAGACAAAGCUGCAAGUUCCAAUUAUCGCCUAACACACAAGUAUGUUAGGCUCCCACCAAAGUCCUCCGUAUACCUAAACAUGCGUGGUAUCUUCAUCCUUCACAUUUGGUUCUGGAAUCUGCUUUGAGAGCUCAUCCUCUUUUUUCUUUUUUGUUUUAAUAUACAGACCUACCUAAAUAAUAAAUAUACAUAUAUAUACAUAUAUAUACACACACAUAUAUAUGUAUGUUUGUAUAAGUAAAAUAGACACCAAUCACAGAUAAGCAAACUUUGCUGUUGUUCCCACGAAGACUGCAAAGAAUUCAGAGAUGUAUUUGUCAAGAUUCCUGUCGAUCCAUGCCCUGUGGGUUACAGUAUCCUCAGUGAUGCAGCCCUACCCUUUGGUGUGGGGACAUUAUGAUGUGUGUAAGACUCAGAUUUACACAGAAGAAGGGAAAGUUUGGGAUUACAUGGCCUGUCAGCCAGAAUCCACAGACAUGACAAAAUAUCUGAAAGUGAAACUGGAUCCUCCGGAUAUUACCUGUGGAGACCCUCCCGAGACAUUCUGUGCAAUGGGCAACCCCUACAUGUGUAAUAACGAGUGUGAUGCAAGCACUCCUGAGCUGGCACACCCCCCUGAGCUGAUGUUUGAUUUCGAAGGAAGACAUCCCUCCACAUUUUGGCAGUCUGCUACUUGGAAGGAAUACCCGAAGCCUCUCCAGGUUAACAUCACUCUGUCUUGGAGCAAAACGAUUGAGCUCACGGACAACAUAGUUAUUACCUUUGAAUCAGGGCGUCCAGACCAAAUGAUCCUGGAGAAGUCUCUCGAUUAUGGACGAACAUGGCAGCCCUACCAGUAUUAUGCCACAGACUGCUUAGAUGCUUUUCACAUGGAUCCUAAAUCUGUGAAGGAUUUAUCACAGCAUACGGUCUUAGAAAUCAUUUGCACAGAAGAAUACUCCACAGGAUAUAUGACAAAUAGCAAAAUAAUCCACUUUGAAAUCAAAGACAGGUUUGCAUUUUUUGCUGGACCUCGGCUACGCAAUAUGGCUUCCCUCUAUGGACAGCUGGACACAACCAAGAAACUCAGAGAUUUCUUUACAGUCACAGAUCUGAGGAUAAGGCUGUUGAGACCAGCUGUUGGGGAAAUAUUUGUAGAUGAGCUACACUUGGCACGCUACUUUUACGCGAUCUCAGACAUAAAGGUGCGAGGAAGGUGCAAGUGUAAUCUCCACGCCACUGUGUGUGUGUAUGACAACAGCAAACUGACAUGUGAAUGUGAGCACAACACUACAGGUCCAGACUGUGGGAAGUGCAAGAAGAAUUAUCAGGGCCGGCCUUGGAGUCCAGGCUCGUACCUCCCCAUCCCCAAAGGCACUGCAAAUACCUGUAUUCCCAGUAUUUCCAGUAUUGGUACUCCUCCAAAGUUUAAUAGGAUAUGGCCGAAUAUUUCUUCCCUUGAGGUUUCUAACCCAAAACAAGCUUUGUCAACAGUUUCUUCUGUUCAAGUUGCAAACCACAAGAGAGGUAGGAAUUCUUGGAUUCAUACAGUGAUUUCAUGGUGUUAUGUGUUGUGAAACAUUGCACUGUAUGAAUCUGGAAUAUCUGUGAAGUGUACCCAUCAGCUUAUUGGUGAGGCAUGUUGACUGAUAUCAAUCAAUGCAUCAGAUAAUACUGAGAAUGUCAUGUAUAGCAAACAAAAAAAAAAGAUUCACUCAGAAACUUG